AUGAAGCACGGUCAUCGGACCGGUUUCCGCGAGCCCACUUUCCAGGACGCCUUACUUGGCUUGGACUUCAUCUGGCCCUUGGCCCCUCCGACGGAAAGGGCGCAGCGCAACGAUCAUGAUGCGAGUGCCACCACAUUGCAAUCAAACUUCCUCGCAACUGCCGUAGCUCCCACUCGCAUGUUCUGCUACCUUGCUACCCCUCCUCUUCCUUUCCUCCGCAAUAUCCCCUCCUUCCCCAUUUGUUUCCAUCACGACGGAAUCGUCACGAUGCGCAUCCUGACCUCGCGCCUACUCGUGGCGACCAUUGUCCUGCUUCUCCUCGCUGCCUCGUGCCAAGCCUCUGUCAGUACGAGCCAUCAGAGCCAUGACUUCUUCGAAGCAGCACCUUCCUCUCACCAUCUUCAAAAGAGAGUCGACGAGGAGACGGUCGCAUCCGCGUGGUCCAAGGCACAGGUCCCCGAAAGGCUUCGAAAUUGGAAGAUUUUCCAGGAUGGCGGUGGGUUCCGAGAGACGAUUCGCAAAGGCUACAUUGGCUUCCUGCGCAAGCUCGACAAGCUGCACGAGCCGUAUCCAGAAUUCCGGCACAUCAAGAAAGAAUGGAUCUACGAGAAGGAUCUGCGUCAACACUAUGUGCUUCCUCGUGUGCUUCGUAUUCCUGCCAUUACUCAAGAGACCGCCAUCCCAAAUCUCAAACCCUUCGUAGCGGCCCUCAAGGAUGCAGACUCCGAGCUCAAGCUCAAUACGGAAGCACGCGAGCGUGUGCCCACUCUUUCCGAGCACCUUGACGAGAAAGAGGCCGAGGCAACGGCGGCCGAUUCGGAUGCACCGCCAUCCAACAGAAACAAUGCUGGUACGGACACGUCGCAAGACAUCAGUGGGUCUCCGCAGCGCGGCUCGCGACGACGAAGGCCGCGACGGUUCAACCGAAAGAAUAGCUUCCAGCAGUUCCGUCCGGCGGAACCUGUGCCAGAGCAGCCUCCGCUGAGCCAGGCCUCGUCUCUCCAACGUUCAGAGAUAUUGAGCGAGUCUUCAUCAGCCAGGGCCAGUCUAGACCAUCCAGAGCGGGCGGCCACGCCCGUCCAGGACGAAACAAACGCGGAUCAAGAAGCUGACAAGCACCCAUCCGCAAUGCGAGGCUUUCGCGACUCCAUCAUGAAGUUCCAGGAUCGAUUUGAACGGAUCAAGAAAUUCCGAGACGACCAGAUCGGCAAGGCCUCACUUCACUAUCAAGCACCGACGCAAGCAUUCGCACCUCACAGUGUACUUUCUCCCGAGGAGAUCGGUCUGAGUCCGGUCCGUCUUCCGACCAUCCGCUCCGGUGAUUCUAGUCUGGAGCCCACGCCUCGUGUCGACGAUGGAAAAGGCAACGAGGCGGAUGUUUCGAACAGCGUCUCCCCGGCCCUUCGCAACAGUGACCCCUUUGGACAUUCUACAGGCUUGCAUCGGUCCGGCUCGGUCGAGUCGCAAUGGAACGGCAAGACGGAUCCCUCUCCACCGCUUUCUCCCUACCACAGCUCCACGCCGAGAUAUGGCGGACGUACGGGCACUCAAACCCCAGGAGAGCCUGGUCUGCCGUACAACUACGCCGAGAUUCUCCAUGCGGCUCGUGUCAGGCAUGGGUUUGUUCAAAGGACGCAGAAUCCCGCCGAUGCAUCCAAGCAGUCGCUCUGGAGGGGAAGCGAAAGGGCCGGCUCAGGCAGUGACACUGCGUCCGAGAGCGGCUUGGGAGAAAUGUCGCCUUCUCGGUCGGCCAUCCAGAGGAUGCAAGAGGAGGCGGAUAAGCACAAUAUCGGCUAUGUUGUCUAUGAUGGACCUACGUCGCCAGGCGUCCGCACACCGCGGUCACCGGUCAGCGAUGCGGAAGCGUUCCCUGCCCGGCCCGUUCCACCCGAGCUCAAGCCGGAGGUGGAUGCUCAGACAGACCCGAGGCUACGAAACGCUGCCUCUGGCCGGCGGGCGAGGACCAAAGAUAUCACCCGCCCAGCGCCUCUUGGAUCCUUGAACGUGCCGCCGCGCUUCGAAGCCAGCCAGAAGAGCUUAGGCAGUGCUGACCCUUUGCCCGGGUUGGAGUCGUCUGCCGCCGAGCAAUCGCCUGCAGCCAAGCGCAAGCGGCCGAGCGCGCUGGGUGAGCCUUCCAGCUCACCUUCUCCAAAGAGCUUUGUCGGAUUCGGACCGCCGCCUGGCGAGCUGCCGUCGCCGCAAUUCGCCGGAUUCCAACGCUCAAUAUCUGGCAAAGACCAACCAAAAGUUGCAGACAAUCCUCCCAACACUAGUCCUAGUCCGAUCAUGGACCCUUCGGUUCCAGCUUCGGUCAUCUUCCGCCGUCAACGCCUUCAGAACCUGGUGCGUACGGACCCCAACUAUCUCUCCAAGCUUCGCGGCAGCACGGUUGCCGCGAGCGAGGCCAACAUCCGAAUGGCGCGCGAUCCCAAUGCCGCACGCUCCGGCCGGGACUCUCCCGAUCUCGGCCGAGCACCCACCUUCUCCCCGAGAACCAUGCCGAUUCAGCAGGACUGA